AGCGAAUAAGGAGGCAGGGUUCAAGAAAAACACACAUUGCCAUGAAGCCGAGCUGACUGUUUGUUUCAUCAGUAAUCCGGAACGGAAAGUGCCUGUGUGGUACCAGAAGAUCACAAACGAUAUCCGUGUUCCAAUGAUAUGGGACUAUCACGUGGUACUACUAUCGAAAUGCAGCCAUACCCCCGCGGGGUUGGUGUAUGAUUUCGACUCCGUUCUACCCUUUCCAUGCGAUGGUGCUGAAUAUGCGAAAUUGGCACUGCAAAUCAGCAUGCGCCGCAAUCCAUGCUAUUAUGGGUACUACCGCCUGGUACCAUUGGCAUAUUUUAUGGAACACUUUGGCAGCGACAGAUCGCACAUGAUCCGAGCAGACGGAACGUGGUCAGCGCCACCGCCUGUUCACCCCUGUAUCAAGCCCGAGCUGAAUAAUCUGGACGAAUACAUAUCAAUGAGGCGAAUAUCACAUUGUGAAGAAGGAUCAAACGGGACAAUCGAGGCACAAACAUUAAGUAAAACACAUCCGGCGCUUCCGAUUCUAGAGCUAGUGAGAGCGCUUUGCCCACUUAGCAUGGCACUAGUAGAAGACAGAGAAUACAUUGAGGUAGAUAGCGACAGUCAAAGCAGCGACAGCGGUGGCUGAGUUAAAAUUUAUAUUUAAAAUCUUAUAAGCGCAUCAUUGUUUUGUGCAGUGCCUUAAAAUACAUAGUUA